CAACACUCCAAAAGUGCUGCGCCAUCUCAUGAGGCUUUCUCAUCCAUCAGCUGUCAGACAGUCAGACUUAAGGAAGAGUCAUCCUGUCGCAACCUCAGGCCUGGCUUUCCCUCCUUUUCUCUCGCUUUCCACAUCAAUUGAUCCCGAUACGGAGAAACACAUCAAAAUCACCUCUUUGGUUCUCGACUGGAGCGUCGCAGCUCGGUCCCCCGCCUCAUUAACACGACGUUCGCCUCGCGAGGCCAACGCGCAGCGUACGUUGCAGCACUAGAUUCGCUGGAGGACGGCCCUCACUCACACGACCAUUCUCCACGUGCAACAACGAAAUGACGUUCACGCAUAAUCUUCCCCAGGGCUUCACCGUCUUCCAGACGCAAUUGGGCGCUCCUUUGCAGUUCAUCCCCGCCCUCGGCACCCAGGAGCUCGACGACAUGGUCAGCAUGUACGUCCCCGGCAGCGCGCCUCUGAGCGACAAGCGCGCCACCAUCUCCGUCGACUUCCUCGAGUAUGCGCAGGUCACUGGACAGGCCUUCAAGUUCUACGUCGUCCCCGGCUACGUCGCUACCUCGCCUGCCGAGUCCCCCACCACCGCCUCGCUGUCGGCCUCCUCCAUCAACGCCAGCCCCGUGACAUCGAACUGGGACUGGAGCUCGGUGACCGGCGGUCCUUCGCGUCCCGCCGUCGCAUCCCGCAAGGCGUCCAGCUCGGCCAGUUCGCGCCGCCCUGCCGCGACGACCAGCGACUUUUCGCACCUCCCUGGGAUGAAGAUCCUCACCAAGGACGGUCUGGAUGUGACCAACGACGCGGCUCGCGGAUCCAAGACCAAGGAGCAGCGCGACCACGCUCACCUGAUGCGCGUCAUCAAGGCUUGCGACAGCUGCCGACGCAAGAAGGUUCGUUGCGACCCCAGCCACAAGAAGCGCGCCGCCACGACCGCUUCGCCGUCGCAGCAGCCUGUCGUCUCGGGACGGGUCGCCAAGAAGGCUCGCAUCAGCCAGGAGAAGACAGUUGCCCCCGCCGCAACAACCACGCCCUCGACCACCCCUUCGUCCGAUAUGCUGGCCGCAUCAUCAUUCGACACUGAGCUGGACUGGGAUGCCUUCCUCAACAUUCCUGAGGCCGAUGGCACCUUGGACAUGACUGCUACUGGCGAUGAGUUCUGGAACGACCUGAGUAUUCCUCACCCCGGCGGCGAGGAAGGCUACAACUUCUUCCAUAACCCUCAAGAUGUGCUGUCACAAUCCGUGUUUGGGCAAGACGCCUUUGCGACAUCUACUACCAGCUCCUUGUCGGCACUGGGCGAUUCGCUGUCCUCUAUCCUCUCGACAUCGAGUAGCGACCAGAGCCCCUCGCUCGACGUGGUGGAACAAUGGUGGUCACCGGCAUCGAUAGAAGGUGAUCUGGGCAGUAACGGCGAGUUACAGCUCGCGACCUCGCCCGGCCUCGCCGACGAGGAGACCUUCACCGCCCCUGCUCCCAUGGCUGGGUCGUUGGUUAGUCUGAAUGUGUGGUCACCCGACCCUGGCUGUGCACCACUGUCGUCACCACUGCCCGCGCCACUACCCGCACCAUCGCAGACCAUCCUGGGCGAUAGCUCUGGCCGCUCCGGCGGCCUGUUGUAUUACGCAGCUAUGGCAAUGAUGAGUGCUACGAGCAGCAGCAGCAGCAGCAACAGGAAGCAGUUAAGGUCCCAUGGCCGCGUGGCGCAUGGCGCUUUGUCUGGGUCCCUGAAGACUAGCCUCGCUGCGGUCGUGCCGAUUGUGGCAAUGUCCUUUGUUGCAGCGACGUCUUGGUUGACCUAGUGCAGCCCGUCUGGCGAUGCGUGGUGGUUCUUGAGCGUUAGCGGGAUUUGAGCGUUCUUUGCAUUUUGACAGCAUUCUAAUACAACAGCAGCCCGAGCAGUGGCUUGCUAUUCUACCACACUACUAUGAGUUACCAGUGCUUAAUGUGUCCAAUUAUUUGUCUCCAAGUUACCUCUGUCGCCUUAAACCGUUGCCUUGUCGUGUAACCACAAGCCAUGUUCGCUGGU